AGUUGGCUUGUCGAGCAAACACUAAGCCCUGCGUCCCCAUUCAUUCAGUGCUGAACAGGCCCGCAGAGCUGGAAAGAGCGCACCGCUGUCUGCGAGCCCACGACGCUUCUUUUUUUUUUUUUCUUGCACAAGAGCGCAGAUUCCCCGCAACAAUAAGUAACAGCCACAACUCAGAGCGGACUCUCAGCAGGCUACCCGAAGAGGGGGAAACUCUUGGAUAUAAGCUCGCUCGUGUUCGAUCUCCCUAUUAUUACCUUCAUUUUUUUUAUUUUUUUAUCUGCAACUAUUUCUCCGGGACUUCUCCAACUGGGUCGUCCAGCCUAAAGAUCGGCCUCCCAAGUGCGCAGCAGCUCUCCGGGUGACUUCCCUCCCUGCCUGCCUGCCUGCCUGACUGCCUGCCUGCCUGCCUGCCUGACUGCCUGCCUGACUGCCGCGCCAGAGCUCCGCCGUGGAUUUACUUUGCUCCGUGUUGGGACAAAUGCAUGCGUAACACUCGCCGGACUUCUUUCCAGCCAAACCGAGAAAAGGGAAUAACGCAAAGGGAUACACUCGCACUUGGAUUAAGGGACUGAAUGUUACGCAUUAGAGCGUACAGUCUCCGUUUGGACAUUGCCCUUUCCUUUUGGAUGGAGUUUUGCUAGACUCAUUUGGUUGAUGGAUUCGACGUUAUGGAUGCUCGCAUAUAGGUUUUCCGAUGCAUGUCCACGGUGAAUGUCGGAAGUGGUGAUCCCCCCAGAUGGAGCUCCAAAGUCAACAUGGCCCCGGCGGUUCACUAGUGGUGAUCCAGCAGCCUUCCCUAGAGAGCCGGCAGAGGUCGGAUUACGAGCGGGAGUUCCAGCAUGCCGCCAUUCUCUCCCUGGACCAAAUCAAGGCCAUCCGCUCCAGCAACGAGUACACCGAGGGGCCCUCAGUGGUACGGAGGCCCCCUGCGCCCCGCAUGCCCCCCAGGCCCCAGGACAAGCAGGAGAGAACUCACGAGGUCAUCCUCGUCAAUGUGAACAACAAUUAUGAGCACCGGCCAUCGGGCCACCACCAUCACGUUGGGGGCGGCGUGGUGGUUGUGGCCGGGGGACCGCAGUACGGCGGGUCCCGGGCCCCGGGGCUCAGCCGCUCCACCAGCACAGGAAGUGCCGCCAGUUCAGGGAGCAACAGCAGCGCCUCCUCUGAGCAGGGACUCCUGGCACGUUCGCCCCCCACCAGGCCCGGCGUGAGCUUACAGCACCACCACCGAGCCGACCGGCCUGUUCGGACUCAGCCCAAGCCCAAGGCCCUUUUACAGCCCCAGCAGGGACCUCACUUCCACCAGCCUCCACUAGAGGCUCCACUCAAGCCCCAGGGCAAAGGGAAAUCGGACUUUUCUGGCUCUGGCAACGGGGUGGUGGCUGCUGCCGGGCACCAGUUCAUCUGUGAGCGCUGUGGGAAGUGCAAGUGCAGCGACUGCACGGCUCCCCGGAGCCUGCCUUCGUGUCUGGCCUGUAACGGCCAGUGCCUGUGCUCUGCUGAGAGUGCGCUGGAGCACGGCACGUGCAUGUGCCUGGUUAAGGGCAUCUUCUACCACUGCUCCAAUGACGAUGAGGGCGAUUCGUGCGCUGACCACCCCUGCUCACUGUCACGUUCCCACUGCUGCUCUCGUUUCCUGUGCAUGGGAUUAAUGUCGGUACUCUUCCCCUGUCUGCUAUGCUACCCACCUGUCAAGGGGUGUCUGAAGGCGUGCCAGGACUGCUACGACCGGGUCAACAGGCCUGGCUGUCGCUGCAAGAACUCCAACACUGUCUAUUGUAAACUGGAGAGCUGGGCCCCACAGACCCAGGAGAAACCUUCCUGAUCGCUCCCUGUGAGUUUGCGACGGCGCAGGAGACUCUAGAUGUGGAUCUUAUGAUGACAGUGAUAAUGAUGAUGAUAGUCACAAAUUAAUGUUUAUCAAACAUUCUAAGCACCUCCCACCCACCUCCCCUCCCCGCUGCGGAACCCUAAGGAGCUAAGCAAAGGAGUAACGAAAACCACUCAAUUAUUUUUGUUUUUAUUUUCUCUGGAUCAGGACCAUGUUUUUACAGACCAGUGUUUGCCUUAACUGUUUCUAUGUCUAUCCUCAGCUCCUCAUUAACACUAUUUUUUUAUAUAUAUGAGAAAAGUUUUUCUUCCGUUUUAGGUAGGCAGCAUCCCCUGGGGGCUGCCUCUCACCAAAUCUGUGAAGGACGAUCUACCAUAGGGCAAUUAUGUAGCUGUUACCUGGUUUUCAUAGCAAGCAGGUAUGUUUGAAUUUAUUGGUUGCUGCCACACUAAAACCGUGGUUCCUAUGCUCAUGUUGCAUUAACGAAAGCACAUCCAUCUCAUAGUAUUCUCCACUUGGAUAUGUUUCUCUCCUUCUUCCACCCAUCUGAACUUUUCAUACACAUUCUGUGGCAUUCUCCCAUGUUUUUUUUUGUUUGUUUUGUUUUGUUUUUCUUUAUUUUGUGUAAAUUGUAUGCUCAAAAUCCAUAAGAGGAAUUCUGGCUAUUUUUUAAAAGAAAAAAAUGUCUGUUAAACAUUUUUUUUUUGUUGUAAAAAAUAUUUAUUAUGUGAAGCUCUAUUAUUUUAUGAUAUUUAUUGCAAGAGACAGUCUUAAAUUUACUCAUGUCUGAAUAUAACAAAAAUAUCAAAUACUUACUGAAAAAUUAAAGGGUGGCACAAAAGAAAACUAUGUUAACUUUAAUGCAGAAAAUAUAUUAAUUAAUGAAAAAAAUAGCACUG